AUGCGAGGUCAUGUGCACCACAACGGCCGAGAGGGAGAAUCUAUUAAAGGCCCACAACAUGAAUCAAAAUUCAGUUCGGAGCGGCUUGGUGGCCGGUCAACCGGCGGCCAAGACUUUGCAGAAUAUGGUAAGCAUCAUUUAUACAGGUCCCCAGUUGGCGUGUCGUCCAAGUCAAUGGAGGAGCGUAUCGUGAAAGAGUUUCUCCAGCCAUGCAGGAUUGUCAUUUCACAUCAAACUGGUAGAUUCUGCCUUAGAGCCACCUAG